CAUGCAGUGGGAGGUGUUGCUGUCACGCUGUAAGAAGCAGGCCUGGAGAUAGAGUGCAUCUUUUCUUUCUCUCAUCGCAGACCGUGUUGUAUCAUGGAGCAGAGGAAUUUCCAAAACCCAUAUCCAGAUUACAGUCAGCAUGUUGCUACAGCCUUUCAUCCCACGGGACAGCUGACAUCUGAUUUUAUUCAUCGCCUGAACAAUAAGAUAAAGGACAUGCUGCAAUAUAUGGAAAAAGGCCUAAAAUCUGCUGACCCAGGAGACUGCACUGUGUACACCGGCUGGGCAGGAAUUGCACUUUUGUACCUGCAUCUUUCUGACGUGUAUGGAGAGCCAUCUCUUCUGCAGAAAGCACAAGAGUAUAUCAACAGAAGCCUGCGUUGUCUAACCAGACGCGAUGUCACCUUUUUUUGUGGGGAUGCUGGUCCUUAUGCUAUAGGGGCUGCUGUAUAUCAUAAACUGGGAUGUUCAAGAGAAGCAGAUGACUGCAUCAGGGUCCUACUACAGAUGCAAGCUUCAGUGGUAAAGCUAGAUUCGCAUCUCCCAGACGAACUACUAUAUGGUCGCAUGGGGUAUCUGUAUGCUCUACUCUUUGUCAACAGGCACUUUGGAGAGGAAAAGAUUCCUUCUGGCUACAUUCAACAAGUGUGUAACACUGUGGUGGAAUCUGGGCAAAGACUGGCAGGAAGCAGGAACCUGACUGCUCAGAGCCCUCUGAUGUAUGAGUGGUAUAAAGAGUACUAUGUGGGCCCAGCCCAUGGUAUAGCUGGGAUAUACUACUUCCUAAUGCAGCCUGAAUGUCAUGUCAGCCAAGAGAAGCUCCAUUACUUAGUUAGACCCAGCGUGAAAUAUUUCAAUCAUCUGAAGUUUCCAACUGGCAAUUACCCUCCCUGUAUUGGAGAUAAUAGAGACCUGCUUGUACAUUGGUGCCACGGUGCCCCUGGUGUGAUUUACAUGCUCAUACAGGCCCACAAGGUUUUUGGGGAGCAGCAGUACCUGAUUGAUGCUGUCCACUGUGCAGAGGUCUCAUGGCAACGUGGCUUACUGAAAAAAGGUUACGGUCUUUGCCACGGAGUGGCAGGAAAUGCCUACAGCUUCCUGGCUCUCUACAACUUGACUAAGGAUGUCAAGUAUUUGUAUAGGGCAUGCAAGUUUGCAGAGUGGUGCAUGGAUUAUGGUGAGCAUGGUUGCAGCACGCCAGAUACUCCUUAUUCGCUUUUUGAAGGUAUAGCUGGAACUAUUUAUUUCCUGGCAGAUUUACUGGAGCCAGCAAAAGCCAGGUUCCCUGCAUUUGAAAUGUGAGGAGUGUCCUUGCACUUGGUACAGACUUACAACAGAUGACUGGAGUGGAUGCUCUAGGGAAGGCUAUUGUCCCCCCUACCAUUGCUUGCUUUGUUUGUGUUUUUGAGAUGAAACUGGUUUAGCUAUUGUGCAACGAUUCUGAAUGGUUUCAUACUUAAGUAUUGGCAAUGGGGUACACUGACUUUCCAGUAUAGAUGCAUUUUUUUAGUAUUAUUUUCUGAAAGAGAACCCCCAGAUAAAGUAAAUGCUUUUUUUUGUAUGUAAUAAUACUGCUAAAAAUUUCUGUGCUGCACCCACAUUAAUAAAGGGACAAUGGUGUCACCUUAUUUCUCCAAUUUAAA